ACACUGCAGGAUCCACUGAAGAAUCUAAAGAGGGUUUCAGGAGCUUUGAUCAAUGUGGCAAAACACCUGGGCAACCUGAAGUUCAGAGUCUGGGAGAAGAUGAAGAAGAUUGUUAAAUACACUCCUGUGACUCUGGAUCCCAACACUGCAUACCCACAACUCAUCCUGUCUGAGGAUCUGACCAGUGUGAGAUACAGUAAUGUAACACAGCAGCUUCCUGAUAACCCAGAGAGAUUUGAUGAGUAUACCUGUGUUCUGGGCUCUGAGGGCUUUAACUCAGGGACACACUGCUGGGAUGUGGAGGUUGGAGACAGUGAUUUCUGGUUCCUGGGAGUGAAGACAGAGUCUAGUCAGAGGAAGGGAGGGAGUGUCCUCAGUGGAGUCUGGCGUGUGUGGCAUAUUAAUGGUGCAUAUGGAGCACUCGCUCCAUCCCACCCAGAGACUCUCCUCACAAUGAAGCAGAAACCCCAGAGGAUCAGAGUGCAGCUGGACUGUGGCAGAGGAAAGCUGUCAUUUUCUGACCCUGAUAAUAACACACACCUGCACACUUUCACACACACUUUCACUGAGAGAGUCUUUCCAUUCUUUAUCACUAGGUCAUCUCUGAGGAUCUUACCAGUGAAGGCUGCAGUAACAGUAGAGUAGCUCAGUUAAAGUUCAGACACCUGCUACAGUUCAUCUCCUGCAGUAGGGAAACACUUAACACUGGUGAUUUGUUUUGGCAUCACACAAUUAUAUUUCAUAGUUAUUGAAUUUCCAUAGGGAUAAUCUAACGAUUAUCUGAUGAUUGAAUGUGGAGGAGAUGGGACUGGAAUUUCUUAUUGUUUUUUAGGCUUUUCAUGAAAUUACUAGCUUUCAGAAACUCUACUCUUUUGCCUAAUAACCGGAAUCAGAAUCAGAAUCAGGUUUUAUUGGCCAAGUAAGUUUGCACAAACAAGGAAUUUGACUUGGUAAAGUGG